AUGGCGAUGAAAUAUCUUGGCGCUUACCUUAUGGCCGUGCUUGGUGGCAAGGAGCUUUGGGAGCAGGUGCAAACAGACCGCCGAAUUUCACGACACAGCGGCGCAGAGUAUCUGGCAACCGACAAUCCGACAAAUCCUCGAAACGGCCUUCCAGACAGUUCUGCCACGGAUGAAGCAUGCAGGAAUUCGAAGGAAACGGAGCCCAAGCAUGUGCAGACGCCAUUCGUAAAAGUCUCAGCCCCAAAUAUCGGUCUGGGUUCAGCUACCAUCUGUGAUCGCGUGGAGGAGAGCCCUUCUGCUGCCGACAUCAAGACGAUCCUGGAGGCCAGACGGCUUGCCAUUUCACGCCAUAUGCUCCCUGCAACUGUGUACAUGAUGGCAUCCCCGAGCCAGGCCGGAGGAAUCAGCUACGAAGACGACCUCAUCGACAAGAUUUGCGAGCGAAUGGAGGGCAAACAGGCCCACGAGCUGAUCGCCGAGGGCUUCGGGAAGUUCGCGGUGGCGGUGGAGGUGCUGCACCAGCUGCAGGCGGCGGAGGGGCUGCUCCAGCCGCUGAGGACAGAGGGUUCAUCUCGGGCCCUCGAGUUUCGGUCAUGUGUUUCAUACUUUGAAAAGUUUCGGCUGGUCUGGAAAUCGCACACGCAGAAGGGUCACGUUGGCUCUGGAAUUCAAUGCCAGGAGAAGAAGGUCGAGGAGGAGGAAGAAGAGGAGGAGAUGGACUUCGACCUGUUCGGGCUGAUAUCAGUUGCGGACCUACAUGGUGACUUUCAGCGAGCGGUUCAGAUACUUGCCCAUGCUGGGCUCAUCGACCCAGACAGCCACGCUUGGAUUGGUGGGGAUUCAGUUCUGAUCCAGACCGGCGACAUAGUCGAUCGGGGAGACAAUGCCAAGCAGAUCUAUCAACUGUUCUUUAGCCUUCGUGAACAGGCGCUUCAGACCGGCGGCAAAGUUAUCAACUUAUUGGGCAACCACGAGAUCAUGAACUUAAAGCAUGACUGGAGGUACGUUUCUGAGGGGGACAUCGAAGGGUUUGGAGGCGAAGAGCAGCGCGAGCAAGCGUGGUCCUCGACCGGAUGGCUAGGUUCACAGGUGCGGAAGUUUCCGGUGGCUGUAAUUGUUGAGAAAAUACUGUUCGUGCACGCCGGAAUCUUGCCGGACAUUAUUGCACAUCGCAGCUUGGACAGCCUGAACGAUGAUGUGGACUUGGAAAUAUCUGGGGGCUUCACUGAAGGGGCCAGGGCCAACCCAAGAUCUGAGCUUCUUGGCCCUCGCGGUCCUGUUUGGGCGAGAGACUACGCCCGCGGCGGAGCGGCGACUUGCUCCAAGCUGAAAGACGUGUUGUCCAGACUGGGGGCACGCAGGAUGGUAGUAGGCCACACGAUACAAAAAGACUUCCGUGCACAUACCCGCUGCGAUGGUGAUAUCAUUCUGGCAGAUACUGCGAUAUCCCAAACAUAUGGGGGCGCGAUGUCCUAUCUGGAGCACGAGAAAGGUGGUGCUACGGUCGUGUAUCCUGGCACUGAUGAGAGGUUCAAGCUGCCCUUGUCGGGUGCGGUUGAACCGCCGGCCGAGUGGAACUCGAUUUCGGAGCCUUUCGAGAAGCAGGACCCGGUUCCCAAGCUGCCAGCAGCCCUGGGAUGGAGAGGAGACCUGGCAGCUAUCGGGAUUCUGAUUCUCCUUGUUUCACUUGGUGCUUGGAGAUGCCGCUCGAGCGAAAAGCCGGAGAAGCAUGCCACUUGA